CGCGGCGGUGCGGGUCCCGAUUGCUGCAGCCGCUUGUCAGUGUGACGAAGAUUGGCACCCAGUUUAUCAACAUCCUUUUUGAAUUGUGGACACCAGAACUGGAUACAAUAUUCCAGCAGCAGUCUCAUCAGUGCCAUAUAUGAGGUAAAAUAACCUCUCUACUUCUGCUCAAGAUUCCCCUGUUCAUGCAGCUGAGGAUCGCAUUAAUCCUUUUGGCCACAGUAUCUCACUGGAAGCUCAUGUUAUGGUGAUUAUCCACCAGGAUCCCCAGUUCUUUUUCAGAGUUGCUGCUUCUCAGGAUAGAAUCCCCCUCCUGUGUGUAUCUGCUAUCUUGUGCACCAAUGAGCCUGGAAUUCAAUCUGCUGGAAUAAGACAAUGGCCUCUACGUCCAGUUGAAAUAAAGGGAAUGUGUUCUCACUUGUGAUGAUUUGACAUUAUAAACCCUUCAUUAACCAUGAUGGCAACACAGACAUUAAGUAUAGACAACUAUCAAGAUGGACAACAAAUGCAAGUAGUAACCGAGUUAAAAACGGAACAAGACCCAAACUGCUCUGAAACUAAUGCAGAAGGAGUGAGUCCUGCCCCUGUAGAAUCUCAGACGCCAAUGGAUGCAGACAAGCAGGCCAUUUACAGGCACCCACUGUUUCCAUUGUUAGCACUAUUAUUUGAAAAAUGUGAACAAUCUACACAGGGCUCAGAAGGCACUACCUCUGCUAGUUUUGAUGUAGAUAUUGAAAAUUUUGUAAGGAAGCAGGAGAAGGAAGGAAAACCCUUUUUUUGUGAAGAUCCAGAAACUGAUAAUUUAAUGGUAAAGGCAAUCCAGGUUCUACGUAUUCAUCUGCUUGAGCUAGAAAAGGUUAAUGAACUCUGCAAGGAUUUCUGUAGUCGUUACAUUGCCUGUCUGAAAACUAAAAUGAACAGUGAAACUCUACUAAGUGGAGAACCUGGAAGUCCUUAUUCACCUGUACCAUCGCAGCAAAUUCAAAGUGCCAUUGCAGGCACACUGAGUCCCCAAGGGAUUAUGGUGCCUGCAUCAGCAUUGCAGCAGGGAAAUGUAACUAUGGCAACAGUAGCAGGGGGUACAGUGUAUCAGCCAGUCACUGUGGUCACUCCACAAGGUCAAGUAGUGACACAAGCACUGUCACCUGGGACAAUUAGGAUCCAGAAUUCACAGGAUAAUACUGCAAGAGAACUUCCACCACUACCGCUGCAGCUUCAGUUACAGUUAAACCAAGAUCUAAGUAUCUUGCAUCAAGAUGAUGGCUCGUCAAAAAAUAAGAGAGGGGUUCUUCCAAAGCACGCUACUAAUGUGAUGAGAUCUUGGCUCUUUCAGCACAUAGGGCAUCCAUAUCCAACAGAAGAUGAGAAAAAGCAAAUUGCAGCCCAGACAAAUCUGACACUACUGCAGGUUAACAAUUGGUUUAUCAAUGCUAGAAGACGAAUUCUUCAGCCAAUGCUGGAUUCUAGCUGUUCCGAAACUCCAAAAACAAAGAAAAAAACAGCUCAAAACAGACCAGUUCAGAGGUUCUGGCCUGAUUCCAUUGCAUCGGGAGUUGCUCAGCAGCAAUCUAAUGAACUUACAAUGUCAGAUGGAGCUGUUGUAACAAUUACAGCUCCGGUCAACAUGAAUGUAGACAGUCUCCAGUCUCUGUCAUCUGAUGGUGCUACUUUGGCUGUUCAGCAAGUUAUGAUGGCAGGACAAAGUGAGGAUGAAUCUGUGGAUAGUGGUGAAGACGAUGGAGCAGACCUCUCAACAACAAACAUCAGUGGGCUUGUUUUGGAUAACAGUGAUUCUCUGCAGUAGGAAGCAAGAGAAUGUGACAAAAUAUUUAGGAAAAUGAAUGGACUGACUGACUGUUUUUAUAGUUUGCACAGCAAACAUUUUACACAAGUUUUAUUUCUAAUAUGUUUUAUAUGUAGAUAUAGAAGGGUGCACUUUUUUGUAUUUCAUAGUAAGCUUAAAGAGUGUCUUUGCAGGUGCAGCAACUUCUUUCAAAUGUGUUUUUGAAUUUUGAAGAGAGGUUGAGUUUGUUUUUUUUUAAUUACAAAAAAUUGCAUCUAGUAAUAUAAUGAACCACAUAAAUACCCCUUUUGUUCUCUCAUUAGAUUGAAAGUGCUACAAUUUCUAAAGAAUUAUGCAGUUUCAAUUAGACCUGUUGUUAAAGACAGCUCUUGGUUGACUAACGAUGUAAAUUCAAAGCAUGUGGCACUUGAUCAUUAAGUUAGACACACAUUUGAAAGAUGCUUCUGCACCUUAAAAACUGCCAGUCUGAGGUGGGCAACAACACACACCCACAAAGAAAAUGGAGAUGUGUGAUUCAGUAGCGAAUGUAUGACAGUUUAAAUAAGUUUAAUUUCUCUCAUAGUCAGUGAGCUUGUUUAUCAUUUGCUAUAAAA